CGGACUUGUACGCAGUGCUCUAUUCUUGUUAAUUACGCUCGACCUCAGAUUCAACUUCCAAGUUGGCUGAUGGGAGCAACUAUCUUAAGGGAGUAAGUGACAAGUCUCUUGGAGGGGUGAUGUUGCUAGUUGCUGGUUUCGUGUUCACGUACUACACGACAUGGGCCAUCUUACUCCCCUUCUUCGAUGCAUCCAGCCCCAUACACAACUAUUUUCCUGCACGCGAAUGGGCAAUACGGCUGCCAGCAUUCGUGCUCGUGCUUGGACUUUCGGGUAUCGGUUUCUUCGUUGGCUCCACCAUCAUAAAGGAGAAUAGAAAGAAAGCACAAAAAGCGAAACUCAGGGCAGCCUGACAGCGAGAGAUACGCAUAUCCACCGCCUCACCCUUUUCUCAGAUUUAUUAAUUUCCUGGAAUUUAUUGCAAAACCUGGGGCUAUGUAGGAAUCCGCGUGUCCCUUUUACGUUCAACGGGUCGCUGCACGCUUUCAAAGACUCGCAACUUCUCUGCAUUCUCAACAUCCUGUUUUGCUUGAGCAAUGACC